CUUGUAGCCGUUUGAUCACAGCACUGAUGAUAUUGGAUUUUGCGAUCCAGAAGGACUGAAACUCGCUCGUGGACAUCGGUUGCAAAACCAUAUGACACAAGCCUCCGUAUUAGAGUGGAUAAUUUCCCGAUAAUCGAUUCUCAAUAACAGACGUCAUCCUUCAACUUAAGAGUCCCCCAGGAGCUCACAAAGCCGUAUUUUCAUACCAGGCGUUAUCGCACAUGCGACAAUGCCUCGGCGGUAUUUGAUUUCUAUGUGGCUUUUGAGUCUCUUGGUUGAUAUUGAAGUGAAAUGCAGUAGCAACGGAACUGUCAGUAUUGGCGUCAUAGUUGGACAAAUUGACGAGCAAUCGGCUCUGAUUAACCGUUCUGUGGAGAUUGCAAUGAAGGCUUCAAACAACACUAAAUACGUAAAAAUGAAUCCCAUAAAAGUACCAUGCAAUUUAUCCGACAGCUUCAGUGUACGGAAAUCGUUCUGUGCACUUAUUGAACAUCAGCCUAUCGCUUUAAUUGGAACAUCGCAAAGUGAAACAUUUGAUAUAAUCGCAUCAUACAGCCAAGCGUUGCGGAUCCCCUUUUUCGUACCAACGAUGACCAGAGAUGCGACACUGGACAAAGAAAACUUUAUUGUAAGCAUGUGCCCUUCAUUUGCCCCGGCUGCUAUUGACUUCAUCAAAUACAAUCAGUGGACGAAGAUAUUUUACGUCUUUGAUGGAGAUGACGCUCUUUGGCGCCUUCAAACGUUGUACGAAGCGUUUGCCGAUUACAGAAUCCGGGGCCAAAGAGUCCCUUUCAUCAUCGAUGCAAUUCGGAUUCCCAAUGUGAAAGAUUGCCGUGAAAUAUUGCGAAAACUUGAUCGGAACAAUAACAUCGGCAGCAAACGUAUCGUCGUGGAUUUACACACUGUUCAAGACUACAAUGUUUUUAUGAGCCAGAUCAUUGACGUCGGAAUGAAUAGGGAUGGCUACCACUAUUUACUUGGAACCGUGGACAUUGGAGGUAUGGACGCGGAACUGUGGAGAUCGUUUACAUUUGGAGGUGUGAAUAUCACUGGGUUUCAACUUGUGAAAGCAAGUCACAGACACAAUGCCCUUAGCGAGCUUCUGGAAGGAGACAAUCAACCAUCAGUAGAAGUGGCCUUGACCGUUGACUCGGUGGCUAUUCUUACAACGGCCCUUGUUCAAAUAAUGCAGCGGCCGGAUAAGCAAGACAUACUCGGCUUCCGGAGAGGCGAGCUGUAUUUGUUCAUGAACUGUAGCGCAGAUCCAAUUAGACCGCUGCAGAAAGGGCAUGUGAUACUAGAACACGUGCUAAAUGUAACACGAGAUGGUCUGUCUGGAAAAAUUGCGUUCGACAAAUUUGGUCAUAGACGAGACUAUACCUUGGAUUUACAUCACUUGAGUUAUAUGGAAAAAUUGCGGAAAAUUGGAACGUGGGAGGAUGGGGUAGGGUUUCGCGACAUUAAUAUACAGGCACCACUAAACGUUGAUCCGAACAAAACUCACAACGGCUCUCAGAUAGUUACUACCAUUAUAAACCCACCAUUUAUACAGUUGGCUAGGGGCGAAAAUGGUCAACCAAGCGUUGGUAAUGAACGGUUUGAAGGAUUCUGCAUCGACAUGAUGAAAAACAUUGCAAGUAAAAUAAACAUGACAUAUAUUCUCAAACUAGUGGACGAUAAAAAUUAUGGAACAAAACUUCCAGAUGGAACCUGGGACGGUAUGAUUGGAGAACUUAUAAGAGGGGACGCCGAUAUUGCCCUCGCAAGUCUCACGAUCACACAUAAACGAGAACAGGCUGUGUACUUUACCAAACCGUUUAUGAACACAGGAAUAAGUAUAAUGAUAAAAAAGCCUGAACGAGACAAACCUGGUGUUUUUUCGUUUAUGGACCCUAUGUCAAUCGACAUCUGGGCUUGCAUCAUAGCCGGAUACUUCGUUGUCAGUUUUAUUUUGUACGUGAUCGGCCACUUCAGUCCAUUCGAACAGCAAGACCAGGACGACGGAAAGUCAUCGGAUACGUUUUCGUUCAUUAAUACCUUGUGGUUUUCACUGGGUGCUUUGAUGCAGCAGGGGCCUGAUAUUUUCCCAAGAUCUCUAUCUGGUCGCAUUUUAGCUAGCGCAUGGUGGUUUUUCACAUUGAUUACAAUAUCAUCAUACACCGCAAAUUUGGCAGCGUUUUUGACUUUUGAAAAACUCAUCACACCUAUCAGUUCCGUCGACGAUCUUGUCAAACAUAGGACAAUUAAGUUCGGAAUUCAAGCGUCUGGUGCCACCAAAGAUUUCUUUAAGGAUUCCAAGGUUCCAAUUUACCAGACGAUGUAUGGCAUGAUGGAAGAUUCUGUUUCAUCGGUGUACGUGGACGACCCAGAUAAAGGUUGGAAACGUGUUAUACAGGAACGCGGAAAAUACGCGUUUCUACUUGAAUCGUCUAGUAAUAAUUACUAUAACCAGCGAAAACCAUGCAAAACAAUGAAGGUUGGUCGCAACCUCGACCAGAAAGGCUAUGGUAUUGCGAUGCCAAAGAUUUCAAAUAUCAGUCACGACAUAAAUAUAGCUGUUCUAGAGAUGGCGGAAAGGGGAGAUUUGUUGAAACUAGAACAAAAGUGGUGGUACAGUAAAGGAGAAUGUGGAAACGCUGACGGUGGGGACAAGGGAAAAAAUGCACUAAACCUGAGCAACGUCUCUGGUGUAUUCCAUAUUCUUAUUAGCGGGCUGGUGACAGCAAUGAUCUUGUCACUAUUACAAAUUAUCUGCAGUUCGAACCUGAGGAAAAAAAUGUGUAAAAAAUCGUGCAGUUGAAGCGGUCGAACAUUCUCACUUGUUAAACACUAAAAUAUCCUAUAGUCAGUGAUUGGUCAUCAACAUAUAGAACAUCCAAAACAAACAUUUAAUUGUGUGUAUAAAAAAGUGCCAUAUCCACUCCCGGUAUGUUCGACGGAUCUUUACGACAUAGAUUAACCCUUAAAGCGCUGGAGCUGAAUUUUAAAGGCCUUUGCAAACAGUUUGGAUCCAGAUGAGACGCCACAGAACGUGGCGUCUCAUCAGGAUCCAAACUGUUUGCUAUUCUGAUAGUAUUCUUUGAAAAAAAUCAAAGAAAAUGCUAAUUUUAGAAAUUCUGCAGACGACAUUUUUGCAGACGACAAAUUUCCCAGCCUGCAAAGGGUUAACUUAGUCCGCAAGGAACAAUACCUUUAUAAUAAUACUAUUUUACUUCGUUUCCUCAUACAAACAUUAAAAUACAUAAUAAAUGUUACUUGUUGUUUAAAAGCUUAUAGCUAUUGUAUAGCACGGCCUGGUUGCUCAAAACUUUUAGGACCAGCUAGCAUCCUUUAAUGUAUGGAUCAACUUAUGUACGUCACUUAAUUGUUAAUCUUUUAACAUGUGUGCUAAUUGUUUACAAAUGUGUAUGCUCGAAUAUUUGCAUAAGUUUUAUUAUAUAAUUGCUUUAAAUAUCAUUUUUUUAUUUGGGUCUGAAGUUAACAGACUGUUACCUCAAAAGACCGUACAAUAUUUAAGCAAUUGUACACUGGCCUGAUGUCCGUAAACAGACAUCUCUUUUGGUGCACAAUACAUGAGUAGCGCACUGUUAUUCCUUUUCGUAUGGUCACAUAUGAAAUUUUAUUUAUCUGAAGAUCUCUCAUUGCCAAAAAAAUAAAAAUAUUCGUGCUUAUAUUUAAUAAAAAAUGAAAAGAUAUGCAAACCUUCGACAAAUCAGCAUCUUGCGUUUACAGGGGAUAUAAAGAGGAGACAUCGGCGCAUUUAUUUGACCAGUUACGAA